UUCACGAGGCAGCCCCCACUACAGUAAGGAAGGUGUGGGUAGUUCCGGGUCCCAGGCUCAGCAUGCGGUGCAUCAGUCCAACUGCUCUGGUGACCUUUUGCGCCGGGUUUUGUAUCUCGAACCCUGUGCUGGCGCAGGGCCUGGAGGCCGGUGUGGGGCCGAGGGCUGACUGUGAAGUAUGUAAAGAAUUCUUAGACCGAUUCUACAACUCCCUGCUAAGCAGAGGCAUAGACUUUUCUGCGGACACCAUAGAGAAAGAGCUGCUCAACUUUUGCUCAGAUGCCAAAGGAAAAGAAAACCGCCUGUGCUAUUAUCUGGGGGCCACCACAGAUGCAGCCACCAAGAUCCUAGGAGAAGUCACUCGUCCCAUGAGUGUACACAUACCUGCCGUGAAGAUUUGUGAGAAGCUAAAGAAGAUGGACAGCCAGAUCUGUGAGCUGAAAUACGGGAAGAAGCUGGACUUGGCGUCGGUGGACCUGUGGAAGAUGAGAGUGGCAGAGCUAAAGCAGAUCCUUCAGAGAUGGGGGGAAGAGUGCAGGGCAUGUGCGGAGAAAAGUGACUACGUGAACCUCAUUAGAGAGCUGGCCCCCAAAUAUGUAGAGAUAUACCCCCAAACGGAGCUCUGACCCCGUCGGCUGUCAGGAAGCAUGGACUGCAGUUAGAAGAAAAUGACUGUCUAAGAUGAGAGUGUGCUGGUUAGGGCUAACCAGGGACUGCCCAGUUGGCCGUCAGUUUUGCUGUUGUAUUGUGGAGUUGUGUUGUUUAGGCAUAUGAUCAACCCGUGCUUCCUCAUGGUCGCUAAAAUUGCAGAGCACAGAGACCUCAAGGUGCUUUUCUCAUCCUUCUUGGAGGAUGCAGUGGUUGCCUUUGCAUUGCUAUGACAAUAAUGCUUAUUGAGAGAGGCUGGCCAUGGCCACAUGGAGAGAGGGGGAAGGGAGUGAGAGAAAGAGGGCUAGAGAUGAGAGUAAGAAAGGUGAGGGCUUAAAGAGAGAGAGGAAGGGCCAAGCAGCCCCCUUUAUAGUGGGCUGGGCUACCUUGCUGUUGCCAGGUAACUGAAACAAGUGUGGGGAGGGAAGAGUCACUUGGGCUCAGGGAUUUGGUCCAUCACAGCAGGGUAGCUAAGGGCAGCACAGCUCAGAGCAGGGCGACAAGAGCUUGUCAUAGAGGCUGUUGUGAUUAUAGAGAGGCAGAAAGUGAUGUCCAAAUAAUGAUAAGGCUGUAACCUUCAAAGGGAUAGCCCUAUUCAUCCACUUCUGUCAGUCAGACACCCACCUCACAGUUUCCCCAAAUUACCACUAGCUAGGGAACAAACCUUCAAAUCAAACCGAUGCCAGGUGUGGUGGUGAAUGCCUUUAAUGCCAGCACUCUGUCUGGAGGCAGAUCUCUGUGAGUCUGAGGCCAGCCUGGUCUACAAAGUGAGUCUAGGACAGCCAGGGUCACACAGAGAAACACUGUUUUGAAAAACAAACAAACAAACAAACAAACAGACAAACACUAAAAUAAAAUCCAACCAAUGAACCAACCAAACAACCAAACAACCCAAACCAAACAAAAAACUGAGCUGGAGGAGGACAGUUCAGAUCCAAGGCACAGCAGAAGGACAAUGUAGUUUAUCACUACUGACUCAAGUGUGCUAUGGAUAUGAUGGGAUAAUACAUUUUAAGGAAGGAAAGAGACAAGAGGCAUCUCUUUGGUCAAGGUUUUUAAAAAGAGUGCAUAACAGAAACUAUAGCUUAUCUAAUGUGCGACUUCAAUCUCAAUAACCACCUAACAUAGUUCAGAAGGUUCUUGUUUCAUUUUGCUUUUUAAAAAUAGAUUUUUUAAAAAACUUCAUUCACUCUAAAUAUUUUCUCUCUUUUGCACAGCAAGGAGGGAAGCAUUCAUUACUUUAUAGGCUCUUGAGACAAAAUACCUAAAAAAACAAUCGAGAAAGGAGUUAAUUUAGUUCAUGGUUUGAGAUUACAGUUCAUCACGGCAGCAGGAGUGUGAGGCCAUUGGUCAAACUCAUCCAUGUCCUAGAAGCAGAGAUGGAAGUAGAUGCUCUGCUAGCUGUCAGUCUGACCCCAGCACGGGAAUGCCACUGCUCACAUUCAGGAUGGGGUCUUCCUUCCACAGUUAAACUCUCUCUAGCAACGCCCUCCCACUCGUGCCCAGAGGUAUGUGUCACCUAGGCAAUUCUAAAUUCCACCAAGUUAACAAUGGCGAUUAAGCAUUGCACAGCACGAAUGGAAGUUUCCGUUUCUCAUAUAAAGAAAACUGAUCGGAAGAAUACAAAUCAGCAAUCCAUAAAAAGUCUGUGCUUGGCCUAUUUAUAACUACCUUUUUUUGUUGUUGUUUUUUGUUUUUUGUUUUUUUGUUUUUUUGUUUUCUUGAAGCAGGAUUUCUCUGUAUAGUUCUGGCUGUCCUGGAACUCACUCUGUAGACCAGGCUGGCCUCAAACUCAGAAAUCCGCCUGCCUCUGCUGGGAUUAAAGGCGUGCGCCACCACGCCCGGCUUGUAACCACCUUGAAUUGCCACGUGACCCAAGCUCAGAGUCUUCUUCACUGCCCCGUGUCAGGCAGGAUGAAAGCAUGCUCCCCACGUGCAGGCAGCAGGGGCGCUUGUGGUUUCUAAUGCUAGCCUAUCAGUCUUAAGAAGCAGGCAAUGUUUCAGCUCCAUUCUCUGUCCAUAGAUCAAUAAGAAGCACAUGGUUAAAUGGUUGCCUUUGGGAAAUAGGUCAGGGUGUGGCUACUCAAGAAAGCAUUCUCUUUAAAGUUUCUGGGGUGAUGGGACUGUACUUUAUCAAGGCAGGAGGUGAGAGAUAUGAUCAUCAUAUUGAUAUAGAGGUACAAUUAAGAUGUGGGUAUUCUAUUGUACAUCAAUUCUAUUUCAUAAAAAGUUGUAGGAGCUAUUUGAAAAUUACCCAAAAUUAAUUGAUUAAAAGCAACUGUUCUUUUAAAUAAUCAAAUGUACUCAUAGCCAUCUUUUUUGUAGAGUAGAGAAUAACUUAAAUUCAGAUAAUAAAUAUACAUUG